AUGGAUGUUGAAUACAUCUCUUUGGGAGGGCAUGAUCGUUUUAUGACAUUUGGUCAAGAGUUAUCGGUAGUCAAUCUAUACGCAAUCAGGGACAGAAGGACUCCUGUGUGUUGGCUUGAAGCGGGUGAGAAACAAUUCGCCGGCCCUGAAAUUGUGCAAGAAACGGCCAACAAGGUGAAGUGUAUUCGGGAACGCCUAAAGGCGGCUCAAGAUAGGCAAAAGAGUUAUGCAGAUAGGAGGAGCCGACCUAUAGAAUUCCAAGUGGGGGAUCGUGUUAUGCUUAAGGUAUCCCCUUGGAAAGGCAUUAUCCGUUUUGGAAAGCGUGGGAAGCUCAGCCCCCGUUUUCUCGGACCAUUUAAAGUUUUGGCUCGAGUGGGACUCCAAGCUUAUAAAUUAGAACUACCGUCCGAAAUGUCCGGAAUCCACAACACAUUUCACGUGUGUUACCUUGGUAAGUGUUUGACGGAAGAAGAUAGCGUGAUACCACUUUCAGAAAUUCGUGUGGAUGAGAACAACCGAUGUGUGGAAGAACCAGAAGCCAUCUUGGAAAGUAAGACCAAGGUUUUAAGACACAAGAAAGUGGUCAUGGUUAAAGUAGAAUGGAAGCAUCAUCGAGGGUCAAGUGACUUGGGAAGCAGAAGAGGAUUUGAAGAGACGUUACCCCCAGCUAUUCGCAUGAACUCAAAUUUCGAGGACGAAAUUUAA